AUGAAUAAUCCUAGUGGAGAGAAACAACACAUGGUUGGUGAAGAAGGUGAAGAAUUUAUUGUUGAACGUAUUGUUAGUCACCGAUUUCGAAAUGGUCGAAAAGAAUAUUUACUAGCUUGGAAAGGUUAUCCAGAAGAAGAAAAUACUUGGGAACCACAUCAAAACUUAGAUUGUCCUGAUUUAAUUGAAGAAUAUGAAAAUCGUUUAUUACAAAAGAAUCGUUAUAUGAAUAAUGAUCAACCACCACCACCACUCAAACGUAAACCAUCUCUUGAUCAAGCACCAGUACAUAAUAAACGUGGUCGUCCACCACUUGAUCGAAAUAAUUAUUCGAAACAACAAAGUUCAUCAACACGUGUUGAAGAAGCAUCAGCAUUUGAUCGAGGAUUCGAAGCUGAAAAAAUCCUUGGAGCAACCGAUGCAACAGGUGAAUUAAUGUUAUUAGUUCAAUGGAAAGGUACAGGUGAAGCUGAUCUUGUUCCAUCACGUAUUUGUAAUAUAAGAUGUCCACAAGUAGUUAUAAAAUUUUAUGAAGAACGUUUAACAUGGAUUACAACACAACAACAAACAACAAAUGAUACAAAUAAUAAUAAUAAUACAGAUAAUAAUGAUAUUAUCUCGUCGCAACAAACAAUAAUUGACAAUAAAAAUAAUCAAGCAACAUUGUGA